CCGAUCUUCACAUCUACAACAGAAGGACCAUGGUGUCUUACUCAGUGACUGUGUUUACGGGUGACAGGCUGUGGUCUGGCACAUUCAAUCGUGUUUACAUCCAGCUGGUGGGGACGAAGGGAAAGAGCGCUCGUCAGAGGGCCAAUCCUGUCUGGGGAUUUGAAAUGAAAGAGUAUACAUUCACCGUUGAAUGCCCCACCUCCCUGGGUGACCUGGUGGCGCUGGAACUGGACAAGCAACCUCUGCUAGUUUCUGACGCCUGGUUCUGUGCCAAAGUCAUAGUGGUGACCCCAGAGAAGGACACGGCACAUUUCCCCUGCUACAGGUGGAUCUCAGACAACAAGGUCCACUACUUCAGAGAGGGAAAAGCUAAAAUAGUGUAUGAGGACAUCGAUUCUAACCAGUCCUAUAGGAAGGAGGAGCUCAAGGAUAGAGUCCGGGACUACAGAUGGGAUUCGUAUAAAGAAGGUUUACCUUACGGCAUGGAAUCUGAGGGUCCCAUGUCUCUGCCCCUAGAGGUACGAUUCUCCUUCACCAAGGAAGCAGAGUUCCUCUUAACAGCUGUCACAAACCGCAUAAGAAUGAGGCUGAAGGGUCUGCUAAACCUGGAGGAACCCUGGAAGAGCGUCGACGACAUCCGCAAAGCUUUCAGCUUUCACAGAACAAGCAUGUCUGACUACGUACAGCAACACUGGAAGGAUGAAGAGUUUUUUGGUUACCAGUUCCUGAACGGAGUCAAUCCCACGAUCAUCCGACGGUGCUCCCAGCUGCCAGAGAAUUUCCCCGUGACGAACGACAUGGUCAGGGACUCCCUGCAUGGAGCUUGCAGCCUAACUCAAGAAAUCAAGAAAGGGAACAUCUACCUGGUGGACUACAAACAGCUGGAUGGAGUGACCGCUAACAAGAUCAACGGGAAACAGCAGUACCUUACGGCUCCUCUCGUUUUGCUCCAGAAGACCCCGCGCAACAAACUGAUACCCAUCGCCAUCCAGUUGAAGCAGGAGCCAGGAGAGGACAACCCCAUCUUUGUCCCCACCGACUCAGAGUACGACUGGCUGAUGGCCAAGAUCUUCGUUAGGAGCGCCGACUUUAAUGAGCACCAGCUGAACGCCCACCUGCUGCGUACCCACCUCCUCUGUGAGGUGUUCGCUGUGGCCUUGCUGCGCAACCUUCCCAUGGUGCACCCCCUCUACAAGCUACUCGUUCCCCAUACCCACUACACCAUUCAAAUCAACUCCAUGGCCAGAUCUCUGCUGAUAUCAGAAAAAGGAGUUUUCACUCAGUAUGCAGUGUCGGGUGGAGAGGGAAUGUUCACUAUCCUGCGGAGAGCGCUGUCCUCUCUGACCUACAGCUCCCUCUGUCUGCCGGAGGACAUCGCUGCACGAGAUCUGGAAUCCAUCCCCAACUUCUACUACAGAGACGACGGGCUCAGACUGUGGGAUAUAAUCCACAGGUUUGUCCAGGGAGUGAUUGGUCACUACUACAAGUCAGACUUUGACGUCCAGCAGGACUCUGAGCUGCAGAACUGGAUCAAGGAGAUCUUCAUCCAUGGAUUCAUGUCCAGGGCCAGCUCAGGAAUCCCUGAAUCUUUCGAGACUGUGGCGGAACUCGUCAAGUUUGUCACCAUGGUGAUCUUUACAGGCUCCGUCCAGCACUCUGCUGUCAACAGUGGACAGUUCGACUAUGGCGGUUGGCCGCUCAACACCCCGAUGUCCCUGCAACUGCCUCCUCCCACCACUAAGGGGCAGAGUUCUGAGAGCACCAUGCUGCAGACCUUGGCAGACGUCAACACCACGGUGCAUGGCAUGCCUAUGUGGACACUCAGCAAGCAGUCCAGUGACUUUGUCCCUCUUGGUGAAUACCCAGAGGAGCACUUCAGCGAGGAUGCCCCCUGCAGGCUGAUAAAGGAAUUCCAAGCAGAGCUGAAGACCUUCAGUGAAUCUGUCAAGACCAGGAACUCCGGUCUGGACGUUCCCUACACAUAUCUGGAUCCUGAGCUGAUGGAGAACAGUGUGAGCCUUUAGACAGCAGACAGGGGCCUCAUCCUGCAUCAGCAUCUGGUACCUGCUCUUGGUUUAGAUGUGAUUAGGAUGGUAAUAGCAUGUUGGUUGUGUCAGAAUAUGCUCUUGUUGGCCUGACUUCAUUCACAGUAACAUUGGAUUAAAGUUUUCAUUGAGACAAUACAUUACAAAAUUGAAUAUGAUUCAUACAUGAAUGAAACCGAAUGCUGAUAUUUUGAUCCAAAUACAAUUUUAACUAGAGAGGGUACAAUUUCUGGGGAAAUUGUAGGGUGUGCUUGCUUGCGUCGGUUGUAGGUGGGUCCGUCCCCUUAAGUUUUUCCCUUCUAGUGAUAUUUUCAAGCAUUCGUAUUGCAUAAUUCAUUAAGAACCCCCUUUGAAACAAGCGAACCCCCUUUGAAACAAGCUACUGUAACAACGUUGUCACCGGCAGUAUUUCAGAUGGAAUCGCGAUUCAAACAGUACCGUCUGCUAACUGAAAAUAUGCCCCCAAAAACGUAAAUAAGUUUGACAUUAAUUUAGGGGGAAAUGGCUAAUUCAAAAAAAGUUUGCUAUGAGCAAGCUAGGUGCUGUUGCUAGCCAAACGUCACUGAGAAAGUGCCAGAAAUGAGAAUGUUUCUUUUGACAUAAAGUUUAGGCUGUGGCAUUGAAGACAGCGACAAACCACACAAGCUGACUUAAAAUACAUCAUUUAUUGUGACAUUACUUACUGUACAUACAAGUCUUGAUUUGCUUAAAUGUACAUGUGCUGCUAGUACACCACGGCACGAUACUUGCCGUGCAACAGCACAUAAAUGCACGUUGUAUCCAUGCGUCGUUGCUAACGUGUGCUGUCGACGUUGUGACGUCGACUAGCACUGAGUACCCUUCGUUGACUAAAGACACUUUUUGACACAAAAACUUUGUAACCUCUUAAACCGUGCAAGGGAACGUAAAUAAAAAUACAAGCAACGCAAUCGAGACCAAGACAAAUCUUUUAACACAGGCGUUGUCUAUGUAGUCCGAAUAUUGGCUGAUCCUUAGGGGGGCAAAAAUAAUAAUAUAUAUGUGAGAGAACAAUGGUUUUGCCUCGCCGAAGGUGUGAGCACACCCAAUGAGAAAUGUACUUUUU